CCGGAAGUGAUGACUCGAUGCGAUGACCUGGAGCGGGAAAUUGCCGCGAUGGAGACGCGGUUGUUUGAGGUUAAAGUAACGAUGGAUGCCGAAGUGGUCAACUGGAAACGUGCCAACAAACUGCACAAAAAGAGCGGAACACACUGGCGCAACGCCGCCAAACUAGCCACCCCCGCAUCAUCGUCCACCCCCCGCACCGACUCAUCCAUCAUGCCGCUGUCGACAAGCUCCUUUGCAGAAAAUGCUCCGACUUCAUUCACGUUGCGACCGCCGCCCCCUCCCCGCCACAAGUCGUUGCACGCGUUGAUGAAACUAAACAUCGCCAACUGGACAGUCUCGGACGUGUCCGCGUGGUUGCAUCAUACCAACCACGAAGCCUUGGUCACGACGUGUAUAGACGUGGGCAUCACCGGCAAUCAACUGAUGGACGCACACUUGGGCCUUAGCGAUGUCAACCUUCGGCGCCUCUUUCAUGUUCAACACGGCGACUUGCGGUGGAAACAGUUGGUGCAGGACGUGGAUGCCCUGCACCGGCAACACACAACGCCCCCUAUGGGCAAUAAUGCCCCCAACACAACCCCGUUGCCUGCCCUGACGGCAUCCCCUCGACGAAACCCGUCGUCGAAUCAGAAUCAGACAACGCGUGCACUCAAUCCCAAGCCUCAACGACCCCGAGUACUACCGGCGGCCUCGACUGUGCCGACUUCGUGCGCGGGAGGGUGCGGCAAAGUCGUACAUCGAAGGAAGGAGGACGUAGUGCAUUCAAAUCGGAGUCAUCCAACCCGAUGGUUCUGUUCACCCCAGUGUCAGGGCGACCAGCAAAGCUGCAUAAGUGCCUGCGGCUUGGAAACUGCAAGUGGCAGUGCUCGCCUCGUUGGAUUGGAUGCAACCUCAUGUUCGACUAUGUCGGCAACCAAGUCCACGACAACUCCACGCAAUAGAGUGACUCGAACUCGUAAACCUCCGAAUCGAGCGGUUGGUGGCUCGGCGGCAUUUGCUGGACCAACGAUCAAGCCGACUCCCCGUCGCGAACGACCGUUGUCCCCCCACAGCAACCUCCCUAUAGAGCUCGUUCGAGGCACAUCGACGUCCUUGAAUGCGACAGCUAAUGGGGCGUCCAGGCGACCGCCGCCUCUUGGCCAUGCUGGCGUUCCACAAACUUCGGCAGAUUCAAAUGUAAUGAAGAUAGGGGGAGGUCGAUUGUCCCAUGGGGUUACGAGUACCCGUGGUGCUGCGGCCACCGUUUUGCCCACGCCGUUGUUGCCGAUGCUUGUGGUGGCGUCCGUACAAGUUCACCACCCCUCGUCGACGACGAGUCGGAUUGGGCACAUACAACCCAGACCUGGCGGAGUUGCGUUUAGCAAAUACAAGCUGGACGAUCACACGACGCCGCCGCCAACCUUCACGUCCGUCUUCCUUUCGCCCGUGCCACUCGCCGCUUCCUGUACGCUAUCGCCGCUUCGUACAGCUCACGACGACGACGACGACAAAGUUCGAGACCAUGACAUGGUCCUCGCCCCGCCGUCGUUGCUCACCCAUCUGGCAUCGUUCCUUCGUUUGCCGGCGUGGUGCCGGCUGUCUGUUGCGAAUCAUACGUGGCAUCACAUCAGCAAGGCCCAAGAUCGAGUGUGGAAGGACUUCUUUGACCAUAUGUGGGUCCGAGCCGUGGACGGCGGGGUAGACGCUGUGGCCCACACCACGUGGACGAAGAAACGGCGGCAGUACCGGCGCACCGUGUAUAGUCUGGCCAAGCAGGUGGCCACCAUCGCAGCCGACAACGUGCACUUGCUCGUGCAUCCCGAGUCAUGGCAUCUUGCCAACGAAACUGACGAUCUUAUCGUGGACACGCAGCGCUUUGCCGUGGGGGCGGACCGAGGGAACGUCGUGGCGGCGGUCGUGCCGGCGUUUCCAACCCACCUCAUCCAAACACUGGUGCCCGAAAUCUCAACCAUGGGGGUGCUGCAGGGGUUGGCGGCAGGAACGUUCUUGUGUGUGACUAUUCGACGGCUCAAGCUCUUCAACACUAUUCACGUGCCCCCGUUGGAUCUGUGGCCGACGUUUGUCAACCAUCCGUUGGUGUCUGUGACAGCCAACAACGACGAGGUCAAAAGCACCGAACCGAGUUGGAUCAAAUCGUUGCAACGACAUGGUGGAGGGGGGGGAAGGGGGGAAGAAGGAGGAGGACCGGUGCGCAAGUUUCAAGCGGCGGUGAUCUCAAUGACACAGCGACGGCUUCGAGCGAAACUCAAGGCGGACGCGUUGGACCGACUGGCCAAACGGGCCAAAAAACACCCGACGGCCACCGCCGCCCUCGAGGCGAUCGUCCACUUUUCAAAGCGUGACUCCGCCAUCGUAUCCCCAACAGGCUUAAGUGAAGACCCAACCAUCAUGGGACAAUGAUUCCCAAUCUUUUAGCUGUCUAAUCGAAGCGAAAACUCCUUCUAGCGAGCAAA